CAGGCAACCGCAAUGUCGGUGGACUGUCUGGGACAGCGCGCAGUGCUUUCGGGCCGCCGCUUCCUCUACAUCGUUAACCUGGAUGCGCCAAACGAGGGUCAUCGGAAGAUCUCCCGCCAGAGCAAGUGGGACAUCGGCGCGGUGCAGUGGAAUCCGCACGACAGCUACGCGUUUUACUUCGCCGCCUCUAGCAAUCAGCGAGUUGACCUGUAUAAGUGGAAAGAAGGUAACGGGGAAGUUUGCACAUCACUGCAAGGACACACACGUGUGAUCAGUGACCUGGACUGGGCGGUGUUCGAACCAGACCUGCUGGUCACCAGUUCUGUUGACACAUACAUCUACAUUUGGGAUAUCAAAGACACCCGGAAGCCUACAGUCUCGCUCUCUGCAGUUGCUGGAGCUUCCCAGGUCAAAUGGAACAAGAAAAACGCCAACUGCUUAGCGACCAGCCAUGAUGGGGAUGUCCGAAUAUGGGACAAGAGGAAACCCAGCACAGCAGUGGAAUACUUGGCAGCUCAUCUCUCUAAAAUCCAUGGAUUGGAUUGGCAUCCCGACAAUGAAUAUAUGCUGGCCACCUCCAGCCAGGACAACUCUGUCAGGUUCUGGGAUUACCGUCAACCUCGGAAAUACCUCAAUAUCCUGCCCUGCCAGGUUCCAGUCUGGAAGGCGAGAUACACGCCUUUCAGCAACGGGCUGGUGACAGUGAUGGUCCCGCAGCUCCGCAGGGAGAACAGUCUCCUUCUCUGGAACGUCUUUGAUUUGAACACGCCCGUCCACACGUUUGUGGGGCACGAUGACGUGGUGCUGGAGUUCCAGUGGAGGAAGCAGAAGGAAGGUUCUAAAGACUACCAGCUGGUUACGUGGUCCCGUGAUCAGACCCUGCGCAUGUGGCGGAUUGAUUCUCAGCUGCAGAGGCUGUGUGCUAAUGAUAUCCUGGACGGAGUCGAGGAGCUCAUCGAUGGGAUUUCUCUUCUGCCAGAGCCAGACAAGAGCCUUCACCCCCAGGACUCAGAGCCCCAGCAUAACCCUGGGCACGCGGAUGAAGAAGCCUUAAAGGAAGAUUUCCUGAAUGAUCUCCUAGUGGGAAAGAAAACAGACCAACUGGGGCUGCCUCAAACACUGCAGCAGGAGUUUUCACUGAUCAACGUGCAGAUCCGAAACGUCAAUGUAGAGAUGGAUGCAGUGAAUCGUAGCUGCACGGUGUCGGUGCACUGCGGCAAUCACAGGGUGCGGAUGCUGGUGAUGUUCCCUGUGCAGUAUCCCAACAACGCUGCACCGUCCUUCCAGUUCAUCAACCCGACCUCCAUCACUGCUUCGAUGAAGGCAAAGCUGCUGAAGAUCCUGAAAGACACUUCUCUGCAGAAAGUGAAGCGGAAUCAGAGCUGCCUGGAACCCUGUCUCCGUCAGCUGGUCUCCUGGCUGGAGUCUGUUGUGAACCAAGAGGACAGUACGUCCAGCAAUCCCUACGCUUUGUCGAACUCCGUAACGCCCCCCUUGCCCACCUUUGCACGGGUCUCCAAUGCCUAUGGAUCCUACCAGGACUCUAACAUCCCAUUUCCACGGACCUCUGGAGCCAGGUUCUGUGGUGCAGGGUACCUGGUGUAUUUCACAAGACCCAUGACCAUGCACCGGGCUGUGUCUCCAACGGAGCCCACGCCCAGGUCCCUGUCAGCUUUAUCAGCGUACCAUAGUGGCCUCAUUACUCCAAUGAAGAUCCGUACGGAGACUCCAGGCAAUCUGCGUUUGUACAGUGGCAGUCCCACACGUAGCGAGAAGGAGCAGGUCUCCAUUAGCUCCUUCUACUACAAAGAGAGGAAAUCAAGGAGAUGGAAAAGCAAACGGGAAGGGACAGAUGCCAACAACCGACCCAUCAAAGCUGCUGGGAAAGUUAUUAUCCAGGAUAUUUCCUGCUUGCUGCCAGUGCACAAGUUGCUAGGAGAGCUCUACAUACUGAAUGUGAAUAACAUCCAGGAGACUUGCCAGAAGAAUGCGGCCUCAGCCCUGGCAGUCGGACGGAGGGACCUCGUACAGGUUUGGUCACUAGCCAUGGUAGCAACUGAUCUCUGUCUUGGACCGAAGUCUGACCCAGAUUUGGAGAUACCAUGGGCACAACAUCCAUUUGGACGUCAAUUACUGGAAUCCUUGCUGGCCCAUUACUCACAGCUCCAUGAUGUGCAGACCCUUGCUAUGCUCUGCAGUGUGUUUGAAGCCCAAUCCAGGCUACAAGGAUGCCCAAACUCCUAUGGCCCCUUCCCUCAGCGUGCCUCCAACCUGGCCUCCCACAGCCGCUAUCCCAGCUUUACUUCCUCUGGCUCCUGUUCCAGCAUGUCAGAUCCUGGACUUGGCACUGGAGGCUGGAGCAUAGCAAACAAAGACAUGGAGCAGGCCUCCACUCUGUGGUGCGAGUCUUCUCCAGACGACUUCCGCUAUGGAAAUCUGCUGUAUCCUGAUCAUCGGGAGCGUGAGAAGGAUCAACAUGAGAAAAACAAAAGGCUCCUGGACCCUGCCAACACUCAGCAGUUUGAUGACUUCAAGAAGUGCUAUGGAGAAAUCCUUUAUCGCUGGGGCCUGCGGGAGAAGCGAGCCGAGGUUCUCAAGUUUGUCUCUUCUCCUCCUGAUCCCCACAAAGGAAUCGAGUUCGGGGUGUACUGCAGCCACUGCCGCAGCGAGGUGCGGGGCACCCAGUGCGCCGUCUGCAAGGGCUUCACCUUCCAGUGCGCCAUCUGCCACGUGGCCGUGCGCGGCUCCUCCAACUUCUGCCUGACGUGCGGCCACGGCGGGCACACCAGCCACAUGAUGGAGUGGUUCCGCACGCAGGAGGUGUGCCCCACGGGCUGCGGGUGCCACUGCCUGCUCGAGAGCACCUUCUGAGCACCCUGGCACAG